AUGGGGUUUUACCGUAUCGCUUACGCUGUUCCUGGAUCGAACCUUGUACAUGUUCGAGCUACUGUUAGUCCUAAGGGUCCGGAUGGGCCGAUAAGUGUCAAUGCCGUCAGUAUUUUGGAUGCCACUAAAUCAUGUAUAAGUGUGACGAAACCGCCAGUUUCUCACUACUACCUAGCCUUUGAAUUUAACUGUGAUGCGACGAACUAUUAA